AUUAUUUUGUGGGUUUCAAGUAAAUAUGGAGUUUGUUGUGGAGAGCCUGUGGUAUAUUGACAACAAAAUAGGAGAGGAUGUAUACCAGGAUGCAUCAAACCGGGUUUAUGUUAUACCAAAGCAUGCAGUUCCAUACAGUACCAUAUUUGCGGAACUUGACACUUUUAACAAGUUCUGCACGUAUGCAUAUAAAAAGAGAGAAGAUGCAGUGGGCGAUGCAGGAAUUCUUAUGUCGCUGGCAAAUAUAUGCAUAAGAGCAAGGCUCCAAGGUGCAUCGAUGAAAGAGCUUUUGCGGGGAUAUAAAGAGUCCAGAAUUCUGGCAGAAGGAACGAGUACAUCACAAAUGCGGUCUAUGCUUAAAAAGAGCCAGAGAAAGCAUGAUUAUAUAAAAGAAAAAGACAUAGACAAUGUUUUCUUAGAAUCAAACACAUACAUAUCAAACUUAAAGCCAUCGCAGUUCUAUAAAAUGGAGUGCAACCUAGCAAGGUAUUUUAUUUCAAUGCGGCAGCCAGGUUUGGCAUAUAAAUUUGCUAGAGAGGCACUGGAGAUGGCAAGUAGAAGUGCAUCAUCAAAUGGAAUAGAGGAAUCAAAGAGACUUUUAGUAGAAAUAGAAAAAAAAAUAAGAAAGGAUAGAAGCUAAAGUAAAUAAAGCGUAUAUCUAUAGAUUAAAGCAGAAUGUAAAACAAGAAUACAUAAUUAUAAUAGAAUGUGGGUAUGGCAUUGCUUUGUAACACAGCACGCAAUAUGAGC